UGUCGUUGUCGUAGAGGGGGCUGUGCCACAGUCUGCCUGCCAUGUGGACGCUGCUGCUGCUGGUGGCGCAACACAAACCCUCCGCACACACCGAGAGCGGAGCAGAGAGGAACAGGAGGACGGAGAGCAGGAGGGAGGCGGUGCCGCGCGGACAACUGCGUCCCACUCUUUAAGCAAACAUCUCGACGUCCUCCAGCGCACACUUCUUCCCGCUCCGACAUCCACCUGAUCCACAGCUUUGUCAUUUGCAACCAAGGGGAGCAGCGCGAACGUUAAAGCUUCUAGGCCUCCAAGGAUGGAUUCCAUACCUGCGGGGCGAGACUCCAGCUCCUCGCCAAGCUCCAAACAAGAACUUUCCUACCCGAGCACCAACUUGAAGCCUAACCAGGUCGGGGAGACGGUGCUGUACGGAAUACCCAUCGUGUCUUUGGUGAUAGACGGCCUGGAGAGACUUUGCCUUGCGCAGAUAUCUAACACAUUGUUGAAGAAUUACAGCUAUAACGAGAUUCACAAUAGGCGUGUGGCGCUGGGCAUCACCUGCGUCCAGUGCACCCCUGUCCAGCUGGAGAUCCUGAGGAGGGCCGGGGCGAUGCCAAUCUCCUCCAGGCGCUGUGGGAUGAUCACUAAACGCGAAGCCGAAAGACUUUGUAAGUCGUUCCUAGGAGCUCACUCGCCUCCUAAACUUCCAGAAAAUUUUGCUUUUGAUGUCUCCCACGAGUGCGCCUGGGGGAGUCGAGGCAGCUUCAUCCCGGCCCGAUACAACAGCUCCAGGGCCAAGUGCAUCAAGUGCUCCUAUUGCAACAUGUAUUUUUCUCCAAAUAAAUUCAUAUUUCACUCACAUCGCACGCCGGAGUCAAAGUACACGCAGCCAGACGCAGCUAAUUUUAAUUCGUGGAGGCGGCAUCUCAAACUAACAGAUAAAGCCGGUCAGACAGAUAUUUUACACGCGUGGGAAGACGUAAAGGCCAUGUUCAACGGGGGCAGUCGUAAGAGGACGCUUCCCGGCGGUGGGUCACCGGCCAACUCUGAGUUAAAAUCACACGGGCACAGCCGUCCCCGAGAGUCGCCCGAGGUACCUGCGAAAAUCAUCAGCUGCGAGGACAACCGGGGCCCCAUGGCGAGCACCCGCAGCUACCCAGUCAUCCCGGUGCCCAGCAAAGGUUUUGGGAUGCUGCAAAAGAUCCCGCCGCCGCUCUUCCCUCAUCCGUACGGGUUCCCGGCUUUCGGCCUGUGCCAGAAGAAAGAAGACGGUAUGAUGGGCGAGCAGAGCAAAGCCGGCCUCCCGGGCGUCCUGUGGCCUGGUACCAAGGACAGCGCCUACCACUCCUUCCCCAUGUUCUGGCCCGCGGCGGGCGCACUGCCCAUCCCUCCAUACCCCCAGGCUCAGCACAAACCACCAGAGCUGCUGUGCGCUCCUAGACAGACAGACAUGGACAUUUCUGAGAACAGCGACCGCAGCACGAACACUUCAAAAGACAGCGUGGUUGACAACGACCGAUGCUCCAGCACCCAGUCCAUGCGUAACGAAGACGAUAAGUCAGGGGACGAGGGGAGGCCGCUGGAAGGGAUGACUCUUCCUCCCCGGAAAAUCAGCUACGUCUCCGCAUUCAGGCCCGUUAUUAAAGACACCGACUGCAUCGCCAAGCUGUACGGGAACAGGGGCGCGUACAACGGGUGUCGCACGGGCUAUUUGUCGCCUGAUUUUUUAAGCGAGAGCUCGAGCUACCGGUCUGUGUCCCCGUGCGUGGACAGCGAGGGUGAUCCGGACGUGGACGUGGAGACAAACAAAACACCAGAAGAAGAGGAGGAGGAAUCCAGGCCUCUGUCCUCGGUGCGUCCUCGGACACCUCCCGGUUUGGCGCACAGUGUUUCACCAAACGACUCGGACUCCAAAGGCAUGCCGGAGAGCAGUCUGGUUAAUUCCCAGAAAAUGAGCCUACACGUGGCCCAGUCCUCUGAAAGAGAACUGCAGAGCAAGCAGUUAUCAGAGACCCACAUAGCUGCGCCUUUCACUGAAGUUUACACACCGGAGAGGAGUGAGCUGCAACAAAGGAGCAGUCCGUAUCAGUUCAGACCUGCCAAUUACCAGAUUGGAGUACUUACAACAAAUGAUGAAAGUGCAAGUAAAGAAGAGCCGUCUUCCACAGUGGAGGAGAUCGAAACGAAAUCUUUUAAUGAACAAAGCAGAGAGGAGAACCAGCGAGAGCACGAUGAAGGCGAGGACGCGCCAGCCAGAGACCUGCCAACACAAAGAGAUGUACAAAGUCUGGCAAAAGAGGAGCUACAGAAGCAGCUGUUAGAGCAAGUUGAGCUGAGGAAAAAGCUGGAACGUGAAUUUCAGCAUUUGAAAGAUAAUUUUCAGGAUCAAAUGAAAAGGGAACUCUCGUACAGGGAGGAGAUGGUUCAGCAGCUUCACAUCGUCAGAGAAGCUCACGACGCUUUACACCAUUUUUCGUGUAAGAUGUUAACUCCUCGUCACUGCACCGGAUCCUGCUCCUUUAAAUCCCCUCUGCUGCCACCGUGAAUCAGACAUAUUUAAAGGACAGCGGACCAAAGGACGCAUCUGCAGCUUCUGUCAGACAUCAGACCGUGGAAAAACGGAAAACCACCGCGGAAUCCAGCAGAAACGAGACUAAAUUGUAAUUACUUCUUGUGAUAUUAAAAAAAGAAAAGAAAAAAGAAAAUGUGUAUCCCCACCCUCACCAUCCAUGUACCCAUCUCAUAUACGGUGAAUUUUGUUUUACUGAAAUAAAACCAUUGAUUAUUAUUUGUGGCAAAGUGCAAUGACAAUGUAUGUAUGUUGUAAUGGUGGGUUGUUAUUUGAGUUUUUCUAUUGUCAGCAGCUUUGAUUAGUCGAUUCAUCGCUCCUCGUCCUCUCAGUAAUGUAAAUAAGUCUACUACUUUUGCUGUGUUCUUCUCUGCAGGCCAGUAGCUUACUUUGGAUGUUAUGCACUUUAAACGAGUGAUGGGAAUUAGCACAAAAAAACAAAAUAAUAAUCUGCAUUGAAAUGGGCCUACAAUAAAUUUCUUUGUAGCGGUCAAA